CUGAUCGCCGCCGCCCUCACCGACGGGAGAACCCGUCUCACCGGCGUCCCGGAGGGGGACGACAUCCGGGCCGCGAUCUCGGCGGUGGGAGCGCUCGGCGCCCGGACGAACGGCAGCGGGGACCAUCUCGAAGUGCGCGGGCUACCGGACCAUCAGGGUCUCACCGGCACUGCCACCGGCUCCGGGGACGCCACCAUGGUCUCGGUAGGCGAGUCGGGGACGCUGCUCCGCUUUCUGACGGCAGCGGCAGCUACCGCGCCGGGACCCAUCACCAUCACCGGAAGCGGCCGGAUUCGGGAACGGCCGGUCGCGGGCCUGGUGGCGGCGCUCGAAGCGCUCGGCGCCGAUGUCGAGACCAGCAAGGGUUACGCACCGCUUACCGUGCGCCCAGGCCGCUUCGAGGGCGGGAAGGUGCGGGUGGCCGCACGGGAAAGCAGCCAGUUCGCCAGCGCGCUGCUCCUCGCCGCUCCCCGCGCCGCCCGCGGGAUUGCCAUCGAGUUGGAGAGCGACCCGGUGUCGGCGUCCUACCUCGACCUGACGGUCAGCGUGAUGGCCCGCUGCGGGGUAGCCGUGGAGCGACCCGGACCGCGGCGGUUCCGGGUCGCCGCCGGCGCGCGGUACCGGCCCGGCGAGCACCGGAUCUCGGGGGACUGGACCACGGCGAGCUACUUCUUCGCGGCCGCCGCCAUCGCGCCCGGCCGCGUCACGGUGGACGGACUCGAUCCGGAGUCGCCCCAGGGGGAACGCGGCUUCUCUGAGAUCCUGCGCCGGAUGGGCUGCGAGGUGACGGAAGAACCCGCCGGCGACGGCGUCCGCGUAACGGUCACGGGCGCCCGGCGCCUCCGCGGAGUCACCGUGGACAUGGGCUCGCUGCCCGACGCCGCGCCGACGCUGGCAGCGGUCGCGCCGUUCGCGGAGGGCCCCACCCGGAUCGGCGGAAUCGGGCACCUGCGGCACAAGGAAAGCGACCGGAUCGCCGCCCUGGCCGAGGGGCUCCGCCGCCUUGGGGCCCGGGUGGCCACCCAGGACGACGCGCUGGCAAUCGAGCCACCGGAGGGGACAGCGGCGCUCGUCCCGGGGACGAUGGAUCCGCACGGCGAUCACCGGAUCGCGAUGGCGCUGGCGCUUACCGGACUCCGGGUUCCAGGAGUACGAAUCGGGAAUCCGGAAGUGGUUGCCAAGUCGUUUCCGGGGUUUUGGGACGCGCUGUCGCAACUGGGUGCGCGGGUGGCCCGCCGGGAGGACGGGUAG